AGUCUCAGCUAUCGACAUACUACUUAUUUUCUAUCCGACCACACUGCCCCCGCCGGUCCCCUGUGCCCACUUGUCUUGCCUGCCUGCCUGCCUGCCUGCCUGCCUGCCUGCCUUGACGGAAACUCCUUUGUCAAUUGCAUUCCGACGCGAUGGGUCUCUGGGAGUCGUCCUUGGCGUACCCCAAUCUGGGCCAGCACCCAUACACCGACUUGUUGACCUUUGCUUUCCGCAGCCCUUACCACUACGACCGCGAGCGUCCAUUGUUGAUUGAUGCUGAGAAUCUUUCGCAGUCUUUCAAUGCGCGGCAGUUUGAGACCCUGGUUCGCACAUUGAUUGCAGGAUUGAAGGCCCAUGACGUGCAGCGAGGGGAUUGUGUGCUGGUCCACCUGGGAAAUAGUAUCAUAUACCCCGCACUCUUCUAUAGUAUCAUCGGCGCUGGCGGCGUGUUCAUGGGGACCAACGCACGAAGUCAACCCCAAGAAUUAGACCAUUUGCUCCAGCUGGCCGAGCCCAAAUUAAUCAUCACCUCUCGCGAUGCCCUCCCCACCGUGCUCAAAGUCUCGGCCGACCGGGGAAUGCUGCCGAGGCAAGUCUGCCUAUUGGAUGAGUUCGCAGGAGACCACAUUGGCCAGCUCCUGCUCUCGGGGCCCUUGGCCUAUGCGGCCGCAAGCGCUCCGUAUCUCGCGACUAGCGAGGAUGGCGCCUACCUGAGCUUCGCUCAUCUCCUCGCGUACGGGGAAGAUCAUUGGCUCACCUUCCAUGACGAGGUGAUUGCCAAAUCCACGCCGGCCGCGAUGUUCCCCACCAGCGGCACCGGGGGGUUACCCAAGGCGGCGAUUCUGUCGCAUCACGCUAUCAUAUCCCAGCAUCUGAGCAUCCAGUACGAGGUUCCCUACGAGGUGACGCGGUUAAUGUCCCUGCCCAUGUUCCAUCUGUUCGGGGCCCUGUGGACCCACCUGUUCCCCAUUCGCUACGGACAGCCGUUGUUUGUGCUCUCGCGCUUCGAGCUCACGCAGUUCGUCGCGGCGGUGUAUCAGUAUCGCAUCUCCGAGACCUACAUGGUUCCCGCCAUGAUCCACGCGUUCAAUCGCUCGACCAUCCCGGUUGCGGGCUGCUUGUCGUCGUUACGCUAUGUGGGAGUGGCCGGCGCACCCAUCGACGGAGCGUCCAUGCAACAGUUCCGGCAACUGCUCCAUGAGGAUGCGCAUGCGGCGCAGCUCUGGGGGAUGACCGAGGUGGGUGUGGUGUUCCAGAACCGGUACGGAGAGCUAGGCGACGCCGGAAGCAUCGGAAGGCAACUCUCUGGCUACGAGGUCCGCCUGGUGGGCCAAGAUGGCGAGAGGGUCGCGGAGGAGAACAAGCCUGGGGAGUUGUACGUGCGUGGGGCGGGCCUGUUGCUGGGGUACAAGGGCCGAACUGACGCCAAAGACACGCAUGGUUGGUUCCGCACCGGGGAUGUGGCUUAUGUCAGAGACGGGGUCUACUACAUCCACGGCCGCACGAAGGAGCUGAUCAAGGUUCGAGGAUGGCAGGUCGCGCCGGCCGAACUCGAGGCCAUCCUGCUCCGGCACCCUGGCAUCGAGGAUGCGGCGGUAAUCGGGGUUACAUCGCACGACGGCAGCACCGAGCUCCCGCGCGCCUUCAUCGUGCGGGCGAAGAAUGCCGCCGGCCACCGGCUGACGGCGGAGGAGGCGUACUCGUUCACGCGGCCGCAAUUGGUCAGCUACAAGGCGCUGGACGGGGGCAUCCUCUUCGUGGAGGAGAUCCCGCGCACGGCGAGUGGGAAGAUCCAGCGGUUCAAGCUGGCGCAGAUGAACACCUAUCGCGAGAUUGUCAGCUCGCUGCUGACGCGCUUCCAGGGCGCUAGUCUCCAGUCGGUCGGGAUCAUGCAUAAGGGCCGCAUUACGGUUUGAUUUUUGGGGCCAUGUACAGUACCCCUCUCUUUUUUGUUGGUGGGUUUGGCGUUUGCGGGUUCGCUGGAUGGGGAUGGGUUGAGGCGUUCUUGAGAUUGCACUAAGUGACUAUAUCCGAUAUUACAUAUAUACAGAUGAGGGGUAGCGACCUUGAUGUCGUGCUAUCCACAGAACUAGCAAUUUAACAAUCUAUCUUAUCA